CUGAGCGUGGCAGCCAUUUUGUUUUGGACACCGAGCAGGAGUUGGCGGCGGCAGCUGUGGUGGCACAGACGAAAGGCAGAGAAGGGCAGGCCGGACGACCAGGCGGAUUGGCCGGCUAGGUAGUCAACCUAAACGAACGAGCCUCGCAAUCUACCGCUUACUCAUUUAACCAACCGCCCACUUACUGAACCCGAGCCCCUCCGUCAACUCAGGUUCGGCCGGUCCCCGGCCCGCCUGCCGCAGCCGUGGUGGCAGCCCCGGGAGGAGCACUGGCGUCCGUUUCUUUUGAUUCUCGGGAUUUGAAGAUGGCUGCACAAUCAGCGCCGAAAGUUGUGCUAAAAAGCACCACCAAGAUGUCUCUAAAUGAGCGCUUUACUAAUAUGCUGAAGAACAAACAGCCGAUGCCAGUGAAUAUUCGAGCUUCGAUGCAGCAACAACAGCAGCUAGCCAGUGCCAGAAACAGAAGACUGGCCCAGCAGAUGGAGAAUAGACCCUCUGUCCAGGCAGCAUUAAAACUUAAGCAGACUUUAUAUGCAAGUCCGGACAUUGGCUGUGGAAGGAUAUGUCCAAGCUGUGGCUGGGCGUCUGGAGGGCGGUGCCAUGCAACUAAGAGCUUAAAGCAGCGCCUGGGUAAGAGUAACAUCCAGGCACGGUUAGGCCGACCCAUAGGGGCCCUGGCCAGGGGAGCAAUUGGAGGACGAGGUCUGCCCAUAAUCCAGAGAGGCUUAUCCAGAGGAGGACUCCGUGGGGGACGAGCCACCAGAACCCUACUUAGGGGCGGGAUGUCGCUCCGAGGUCAAAACCUGCUCCGAGGUGGACGAGCCGUAGCUCCCCGAAUGGGCUUAAGAAGAGGUGGUGUUCGAGGUCGUGGAGGUCCUGGGAGAGGGGGCCUAGGGCGUGGAGCUAUGGGUCGUGGCGGAAUCGGUGGUAGAGGUCGGGGCAUGAUAGGUCGGGGAAGAGGGGGCUUUGGAGGCCGAGGCCGAGGCCGUGGACGGGGAAGAGGUGCCCUCACUCGCCCUGUAUUGACCAAGGAGCAGCUGGACAACCAAUUGGACGCGUACAUGUCGAAAACUAAAGGACACCUGGAUGCCGAGUUGGAUGCCUACAUGGCACAGACAGAUCCAGAAACCAAUGAUUGAAGCCUGCCUGCCUAUCCUUCUGUGAGAGACUCUUGAUAAGUCGCCACAUCUGUAAAUAACCUUGAGAUAACAGAUGAGAAGAAACCUGAUUGAUGCUGGAAGGACCUAUCACAAUAGGCUAUGGACUUACCUGCCACCAGUUUGUGCAUUUAGUGUGUUCCUUUUACUUUUUGAUACUGUGUUGUAUGAAACCCUUUUUUCCUUUGAUUUGAUUGGUUUUUGUUUUGUUUUGUUUUUUCCUCUCCCUUCACCCAGACUUAUCUUUGAACAUGAAUGUGUUGGCCUUGUAGGUAGAACACUUUGCCUACC